GAUCAUUCACAUUUCAAACAAAUCGAAAACUCAAUUCAAUAAGAAAAUCUUUUCUACAAAAUAAAAAUGUUCACCUUAAUCCUUUUGGGGGCUAUUUUUACAUUGGCUCAGGCCAACAACCACCAUGUCGAGGAUCUUCAACCAAAAGUAUUCCCACCCAAAUCUCUUCAUCGCCUAAUAUUAUCAAAAUCGCGCAUCGACAACAAAAUCAUCAACGGAAACGAAGUCGAGCGACACUCAAUCCCAUACCAAGCAGGAAUUUUCUUUAACCUUCCCAAUGGUAAACAAGGUUUUUGUGGAGGUUCUUUAAUUUCUAAUCGAUACAUCUUAACAGCAGCGCAUUGCACCAAUGGAUCUUUAUCUGCUGAAGUCAUACUCGGUGCCCAUCACAUUUGGGAAGACGAACCCACCCAAAUAAGAAUAAAAUCAUCCGAAUUGCGUACACAUGAACUUUACGGAACAAAUGGAAAUUUGUAUGAUAUCGGACUUAUUCAGUUACCCAACCCUGUAAAGCUGAACAAACACAUCAACACCGUUUCUUUGCCCAGUCGCAAACACGAAAGUCAUUCUUUCGUUGAUGAAGAUGCAAGAGUCAGCGGUUGGGGAAUAACAUCCGAUGAUGCCACUGGAAUUUCUGACGUUUUGAAGUCCGCUGAAUCCUUCAUUAUGGAAAACUGGCUUUGUUCUCUAUUUUUCUUUGGGGCGGUCCGUGAUAGUCACAUUUGUUCCGAAGGGCACACCAGUCAAGUAUCGGCUUGCAGAGGUGAUAGCGGUGGUCCGAUCGUUGUUGAUAACGUGCAAGUUGGACUUGUAUCUUUUGGAUCUGGAUUUGGAUGCGAAAGCAUGUGGCCUACUGUGUAUACGAGAAUUACGAGUUAUUUAGAUUGGAUCGAGAAACAUACCGAUGUUAAAAUUAAAGAAUAAGAAUGUUAUUUAUAUUA